AUGAAGGUCGACGUCAAGCGACAAUUGUUCGCCCGCAGCGAGCGGGUAAAGGGCAUCGACUUCCACCCUCAAGAGCCAUGGAUCCUCACCACAUUGUACAGCGGCCACGUCUACAUCUGGUCGUAUGAGACGCAGCAGAUCGUCAAGACGUUCGAGCUCACCGAUGUGCCCGUCCGAGCCGGUCGAUUCGUUGCGAGAAAGAACUGGAUCGUCUGCGGCUCCGACGACUUCCAGAUCCGCGUGUACAACUACAACACCUCGGAGAAGAUCACCUCGUUCGAGGCUCACCCCGACUACAUCCGCGCCAUUGCCAUCCACCCGACACAACCCUUCGUGCUGACCGCCUCCGAUGACAUGACGAUCAAGCUGUGGGACUGGGAGAAGGGAUGGAAGUGCGUCCAGGUCUUCGAGGGUCACGGACACUACGUGAUGGGUCUCGCCAUCAACCCCAAGGACACCAACACCUUCGCCUCGGCCUCCCUCGACCGCACCGUCAAGAUCUGGAGCCUCGGCUCCGCGACGCCCAACUUCACCCUCGAGGCCCACGAGGCUAAGGGUGUCAACCACGUCGACUACUACCCCCAUUCCGACAAGCCCUACCUCCUGACGACGUCCGACGACCGCACCGUCAAGGUCUGGGACUACACCACCAAGUCUCUCAUCGCCACCCUCGAAGGCCACACGAAUAACGUCUCGUUCGCGUGCUAUCACCCCGAGCUGCCAGUUAUCAUUUCCGGUUCCGAAGACGGCACCAUUAGGCUAUGGCACGCCAACACGUACCGGUUCGAGCAGUCUUUGAACUACGGCCUGGAGCGCGCGUGGUGCGUCUCGUACCAGAAGGGCAAGCAAGGUGUGGCUGUCGGGUUCGACGAUGGUGCCGUCGUCGUGAAGCUGGGCCGCGAAGAGCCCGCCGUGUCCAUGGACGCGUCAGGAAAGCUCGUCUGGGCCCGCCACAACGAGGUUGUUUCUGCCAUUAUCAAGGGCGGAGAUGAUACCAUCAAAGACAACGAGCCCAUCUCCCUGCCCGUCAAGGAGCUUGGCACCUGCGAGGUGUACCCGUCGACCCUGGUCCACAACCCGAACGGCCGCUUCGUCGCGGUCUGCGGAGACGGCGAGUACAUCAUCUACACGGCCCUGGCGUGGCGCAACAAGGCCUUCGGCUCCGCGCUGGACUUUGUGUGGGCGUCCAAGGAGAACACGAACGACUUUGCCAUUCGGGAGUCGGCAACCAGCGUCAAGGUGUACAAGAACUUCGUCGAGAAGCCGGGCGGUCUUGAUGUCGGUUUCCAGGCCGAGGGCUUGACUGGUGGCGUUCUUCUUGGGGUGAAGGGCCAGGGCGGCAUCUCCUUCUUUGACUGGCAGACGGGCGGCCUUGUCAGGCGCAUCGAGGUCGAGCCUAGAGAGGUGUACUGGUCCGACAGCGGCGAAUUGGUGGCCCUCGCUUGCGAAGACACCUUCUAUGUCCUGCGCUUCUCGCGUGAUGCCUACGUCGAGGGCGUUCAGAGUGGCCAGAUUGACGAGGAUGGUGUUGAGUCGGCUUUCGAGGUCAUCACCGACAUCAACGAGAGCGUGCGAACGGGAGAGUGGGUUGGCGACUGCUUCCUCUACACCAACAGCACCAACCGCCUGAACUACCUCGUCGGCGACCAGACGUACACCGUGUCCCAUUUCGACCAGUCCAUGUACAUCUUGGGCUACAUCCAGCGCGACUCAAGGAUCUACCUGGCCGACAAAGAUGUUGGUGUCACUUCGUUCGCGCUCUCGCUGCCCGUUCUCGAGUACCAAACCCUGGUCCUUCGCGACGAGAUGGAAACUGCGCAAGAGCUUCUGCCCACCAUCCCUGCAGACCAGCUUAACAAGAUCGCGCGCUUCUUGGAGGGCCAAGGCCACAAGGAGCUGGCGCUGGAGGUCGCCACGGAUCCCGAGCACAAGUUCGAUUUGGCCCUCGGCCUGGGCCAGCUGGACACCGCCCUCGACCUCGCCAGGGAAGCAGACGUCGAGCACAAGUGGAAGACUGUGGGAGACGCUGCCCUUGCCGGAUGGCAGGUGACUGUGGCACAAGAGUGCUUCACGCACGCAAAGGACUUGGGCUCGCUGCUCCUCCUCUACUCCUCCACGUCGGACCGCAGCGGUCUUUCAAAACUGGCCGAGCAAGCGCAGGAGGCUGGCGCCCACAAUGUUGCCUUCAGCUGCAAGUGGCUGCUGGGCGACGUCGCCGGCUGCGUUGAGAUCCUUACCAAGACUGGCCGGUUAGCCGAGGCCGUCCUGUUCUCGCAAACAUACAAGCCCAGUGUGACGGCGGAUGUCGUCAAGGAAUGGAAGGAGAGCCUUGAGAAGAGCAAGAAGGGUCGCGUCUCCAAGAUGAUUGGUGUACCGGUGGAGGACGAAGAGCUGUUCCCCGAGUGGGACGAGUGGCUCCAGCUCGAGAAGCAGGGCGGCGCAGCGCCUGAGGUCGCCGAGAUCAAGGAGGUCAACGGAGCAGAAUCCCCCGAGGCUGCCGAGGAAGCGGAAGAGGCUGACGAGGCCGAGGAGGACGACGUGGAGGAGGAGUCUGACGACAAGGAGGUCGAGACGGAAGAAGACGAGAAGUAG